GAUUGAUACCUCCACACCCCGAACUACAGCCCGCACCUCCGCCGGUCAGUCCUCGCCGGAAGCUCUCAUUGUGCACCAUUCGCAACCGUCAUCAUCCCAUCCAUCCUCUCUUCCUCACUCGUUUCGUCCCGACUCUUCGCGUACUCGCAUUGCCGUACUGGAGCCCUGUAUUGCAGCCUGCGUCGGCGCGUGAACAUUAUCCUCCCUGUGGCCAGACCCUAGCGAGCAACAUCCUAUUCAUUCGCUGCAAAACCAGGCGAUGUUACGUAGCCGCGGCGAGGCAUGGCUUUGCAGCUCUGCGAAGCACGUUAAAUUGUCAAGCACACUCUUUCACCAUGUCCAGUACUGUGGGGAUCUCGAGAGAUGCUACACUCGUCCCAGGUAGCCCACCUAUCCCACCUCGACCACCUCCAGGCUACGCAUCCCUCCGCGUCUUGCCUUCCGAGAUACUCCUGGAGCUCACCAUUUCCAACCGGUGCGGACAGGCGUUCAGAUGGCGAGCCAUUGAUGUAUGGGAGCCGGUCGAUCGAGAGAAGGCAGAAUAUCCAGCUAGAAAUUUAUCGUCGGUGGUGACGAAGGAUGAGAGCUUGGUAGAUGCUGCCGUUGCGAAUCGCCCCAUCAAGGCGGAUCCAGACCAAAAUGAUACAUCAUCUGCAUGGCCCAACGCACACCAUGACGACGUGGGGGUGAAGGCCGAGCAUGGGCAGAAGACAGAGUCCACUUCGUCAUUUACCAGUGAUGUCGAGUGGCAACGGUGGACCGAGUACUCAAUGGCGCUAUCCGAUCGAGUGAUCCUGCUGCGCCAAGACGUCUCUAGAGGCUACGUCUACCAUCGUACACGGCUUCCCGAUGCAAUUGAGGCUCAGCUUAGCAGAUACGAUUACGUCGAGCUAUACGAAAGGGGCACAGAUGCGUGGCUCAGAGACUAUCUCAAUAUCCGAGUGCCGCUGGAUCAAAUGUAUCAGGAGUGGGCGGACAAGGACAAAGUGUUUGCAAGAUUUGCCAAGCGUUUUGCAGGCGUCAGGAUGCUUAGACAAGAUCCCUGGGAAUGCUUGUGCGCAUUCAUAUGCUCCAGCAAUAACAAUAUCGCACGGAUAGGUCAAAUGGUUAUGGCACUGAGCCAUCGAUACUCUCCGCCUCUCCUCACGCUCGAAUAUCCCCCACCUCCGCCGAACACUGGCACUGAUGCUACUUCCACGGGCGUUCAAGCGGGAGCAACGCGAAUAACGUACCACCCCUUCCCUGCUGCCGCAGCCCUGACUUCCGAGGAUGUGGAAGGCACGUUGAGGAACGAGCUUGCUUUCGGAUAUCGAGCAAAAUAUAUUUGGCAAACAGCCAGGGUCCUCGCUCAAACGCAUGUCGGCGCGGAGCCGGACUGUGGAUACGAGUGCAGGCUCGCAUUGGAAGGUUCGAAUCUUGCUUCUUUCGAUGGGACUCCACGGAAUUUGUCAAGACCUGCGACUCCGCCUCCUACUCCGCGGAAGAGGAAGCGUACGAAAACGGAUGCUAAAGGCUUUGCCAAAGAAGGUGAAGGCAGCGCUUCGACAGAAAGCAAUCGCUUGCAAACGACACACUCGCCCACGUCUUUCCUACACUCCUUGAGAUCCAUGACAUACCCUGAAGCCCGUGCGGAGCUGAUCAAGUUCCAAGGAGUCGGGCCAAAAGUUGCAGACUGCAUUUUGUUAAUGUCGAUGGACCAGCCCUCUAGUAUUCCCGUCGACCGGCACGUCUAUCAGGCUGUCUGUCGAGUCAUGAAAUUGACUCGUCUUGUCCUACCAACCAAGUUCGCGGCGCGCUGGUACGGCAUGCGGGUGAAAGAAGGCAACAAGGGCUACGAAGAGCUCGCCGAUCGCUUCAGGCAGCUUUGGGGAGAGUAUGCAGGCUGGGCACACUCGGUCAUUUUUACUGCGGAUUUGCGCUCGUUCCAGAACUACAAAGUCGAGGCUGUGAAUGGCGAGAAGGUGAAGCAGGAAGACUUGCGUAGCUCAAUGGAGCUGCCGGGGCUCAACAUGAUCGACGCCAAGCCUUUCAUUCCGACACCUCCGGCUGCUCCUCUCGUUGCUGCACAGCCAGAAACUGAGACACUUACACCAAUGCUACUCAAGCAAGUUGACACGAGCAGCUAUCAUCGACCGCGAAGGCCAGUAUCGAGGCGCAUUCAAACCCUUGAAUCUGCUAGCGCUGGCAAAGAACCCACACAUAGGCCAACGCCGCACGGAAAGGCCAGCAGUCCAUUGCGACCUUCCUCUCAGGCGCAGACAGGUAGCCCUGCUGAGAACGCCCACGGCGAUACGACGCCUUCGACAACGAUGGCGGAUAGAGUCAAGACCACGCGGCGGAAAAGGGCGUAA